CUGUAGUGUUCACAUCACACGCGACACGCCGAACAUUUUUUUACCACGUUCGAACCCGCGAAUCAGCUGAACCCGUUCGAUUUCCCGAUUAGAUCCUUCGGUUAAGGCUCGAUCAAACACGCGCAUACACGCACAAGACGCAUCAGGAGGAUACCGACGAGUUCUGACGAACGCUCAAAGAUAAAAAAAAAAGAGAUACCUCAUUCCAGGAGCAACUAAUAUUCCAACGACUGAGACCAUUUUUUUAAGUGUUUUUUACAAGGAUUUAUCGUGUUUUUCUUUUUUUAAUCAAUCGCGCUCUUUGAUCGUUAGGAUUCUCUUUCCUAUAUACUGGGAACGAUCGAGGAGGAAUAAUAUUUAUACUAUAGACGACCUUUGGACGCACGUUCUGCCAACCCGGUGAAUAUAUAGACGCGCGGUCAAGGGUAACCGGAAGUGCUUCGAUACCGAUUUCAUCGUAUUUGUGAAGAAAAGAAAACACAAAUAUUCUAUUUCCGUCCAUCUUGAUUCGCGAGUUUUACCCAGGAGCGUGGUACUCCGGUGGAACUUCCGGUUUCGGUGAUUCUCGGGGUUGUGCAGACAGACGGGAGGAAGCGAAGAGGUGAAGUUCGAUUAUCGGAGGUGAAUACACGCACGGCUCUGCCCCUCUCUUUAUCGCUGUUUCUCUCUGUCUCUCUCUCGCUGGGGCGUCGCCGUCGCCGUCGUCGUCGUCGUCGUCAUGGGCGGAUGUACCUCGAAGGAUACCACGUCGAGUGACGAUAAAAAGAACAGCAACAUGGUGGACCAGGCAGUUCUGGAUAAACUUGAAGCUGGCUUCACCAAAGUGUCUACCUCUGACAGCAAGUCAUUGUUGAAGAAAUAUCUAACCAAGGAAGUAUUUGAUCAACUGAAAACAAAGAAAACCUCUUUCGGUUCUACUCUUCUCGAUGUGAUCCAGUCUGGUGUUGAGAAUUUGGAUUCUGGCGUUGGUAUAUACGCCCCUGAUGCUGAGUCCUACUCAAUCUUUGCCGACCUCUUUGACCCAAUCAUCGAAGACUAUCAUGGUGGUUUCAAGAAGACUGACAAGCAUCCACCAAAGGACUUUGGUGAUGUUGACACUCUUGGAAAUCUCGAUCCUGCUGGUGAAUUCAUCGUUUCCACCCGUGUAAGAUGCGGACGUUCCUUGGAAGGCUACCCGUUCAACCCAUGCUUGACCGAGGCCCAGUACAAGGAGAUGGAAGAAAAGGUUUCCAGCACCUUGUCUGGUUUGGAGGGUGAACUAAAGGGAACCUUCUAUCCUCUAACUGGCAUGAGCAAAGAGGUCCAGCAAAAGUUGAUCGACGAUCACUUCCUGUUCAAGGAAGGUGACCGCUUCUUGCAGGCCGCUAAUGCCUGCCGUUUCUGGCCCACUGGACGUGGUAUUUACCACAACGAUGCCAAGACCUUCUUGGUCUGGGUCAACGAGGAAGAUCACCUUCGUAUCAUCUCUAUGCAAAUGGGCGGUGAUCUUGGACAGGUCUAUCGUCGUCUUGUGACCGCUGUAAACGAAAUCGAAAAACGACUUCCCUUCUCCCAUCACGACCGCCUUGGUUUUCUCACUUUCUGCCCCACGAACUUGGGUACUACGGUACGAGCCUCUGUACACAUCAAGGUGCCGAAGCUUGCCGCUAAUAGAGCGAAGCUCGAGGAAAUCGCUGGUAAAUUCAACCUCCAGGUCCGCGGUACUCGUGGUGAACACACCGAGGCCGAGGGUGGCAUCUACGAUAUCUCCAACAAACGACGUCUCGGUCUUACCGAGUAUCAGGCUGUGAAGGAGAUGCACGAUGGAAUCGCUGAGCUGAUCAAGCUCGAGAAGGAACUUUAAAGCGCGCCAAGGAGACAACUACUGAUACGCGACCAUCUCCCUCUUUUAUUCACCCUUUAGACGUUCUUGACGCAUCGAGGACCCUCCUGCUCCUUGGAACUAUAUUUCUUUAACCUUCGUACUGAUUUCUCCUAGCGGAAUGAACGGUGUUCGAUGAAAUCUCUUCAAAGAGACUUGUGAACACACAAGAAAUAUCAAAAAGAACCAUCAAAAAUUGUACUUUAAAGAAAAUAUGUUUAGAAAAGAAAGAAAAUGGGGCAUUUCUCACUUCAUACGUUGUUGUCGAAUAAAAAGAUACCGGGGCAUGAUCGCCCAUCAUUUUAGACGAGUAUUUUGGUCCUUGAUGUGCUAAGAUCCUCUAUGCAGCUACACGCGCGUCCUUAGAGUUCCAAAACAGUGACGACGAAAAGCUUUGUUCGUGUUCAAGAGAAUAUCAGAGGUUUAGCUCGUAUAGUCGAGUCUAAAGAUCGUAAAUUAGAUAUUUUUUCAGUUUAUUAAGAUUCUUGUCGUAAACGUACGGGCGCACAGCUUUCAUUUGUUUCCACGGUCUCCUUUUUACAUGCGUUACAAUUACUAUUAAUAUUAUUAUCCUUAUUUUAAUUAUUGUUAUUAUUAUUGUUCGAGUUCCUUUCAAUCGAUCCGUACGAACAAGAAAAAGUAAAAAGAAAAGAGCAGCUUGUAUUAUACAUUAUUGCAUAUUGUUCUCAACAGUAUUUCAAUUUCGUUUCACACCCCGUUUUUCUUGUAUCUCUUUUUCUAAGGACAUGUAAUCCAGCAUGCUAAAGAAAUACACGCAGUAUUCUUUCA